AUGCUUCUCCCCAGAGCGAUCAUGUCGUCCGGUGCCACACUGACGUCUUUCAACGGAUUCUGGACUCUGGUGUACCAAGACGAUGACAUCUUAGUCUUAACUAGCAAUUACUCCAACAAAGACCGAUACGGCAACAAAGUGCUCUGGGCAUCUAACACGAUGAACUAUCAGGUCGGGAAAGUGACAAUGUUCGCUCACGGUAACAUGGUCAUCUCCGAUGCCACCGGUGAUUUGCAAUGGCACACCGCCACCGCCAACAAAGGUACUGGCGCGACUUUGUCCUUGCAGAAUGAUGGCAACUUGGUCAUCUAUAUCGAUGGGGGUAAGUCGGUCUGGGCCACCAAGGCCGAGCGGGGCAGCCGAAGUCGCUAG